AUGCCUCCUGCCGGAGAUGAGGACGAGUUGGCCCUGGAGACAAUCGGGGAGAAUGAUCCUCGCGUCAAGAAGCUUCAGGAGAUCGCCUGGGGAUUGCAGAGCGUGACGAACCGGCCCGGGAAUCGACUCCCGGAGGACGCCAAGCGUGCGGCUUACCGCGUCACCAGCAGGGCGAUCGCUUUGUGCACGAAUGCGGAGUAUGUGGAGGUAGAUGACUUCGUGAAGCGUGCUGCUGCCCUCACAAAGGAGAUUGAGGACAAAAAGAAAGAGCUGCAGGAACUCGAGGAGGCCAUCAAGGCCGAUCUGAGUGGAAAAUGCUACCGGGCCACAGGCGAUGGAGGCUACACCAUUGGUCCGCGUGCCAGCUGA